AGUGUGAAAAUGCAAUUAAUAUUUAUUCCAAAAACUUUGCUCAAAUCUAAAUUAAUUCCAUCAUUUAUACUUUUAUUUAUAUCGAAUACAGUACAUGGUGGUCCUAAUGAUGAAAGACCAACAACAUUAGUACCCAUAACUAAAGGACUAGCAACAAACGUAUCGAUGUCAAUGUUCAUUGAAGGCAUUUCUAGCUUCAGUGCACAAACAAUGGAUUAUCAACUGGAUGUUUAUAUGUAUCAACAUAAUGGAUCAGGUCCUUUACUCAUCAGAGAUAAAGAGAUAUUUAAUAAAAUUUGGCGUCCCGAUAUAUAUUUUGCUAAUGCUCGACAAGCCUCAUUCCAGUCAAUAACCGAACCUAAUUUUUAUGUUUGGAUAUUUCCGAAUGGAAGGGUUUGGUAUGACUUAAGAAUCUCUCUCGUUGCUAUAUGCAUGAUGAACUUAUGGAAAUAUCCACUGGAUUCGCAGACUUGUGAACUUAGGAUACUUAGCUAUGCGUAUCCUGAAUCUCAUUUGAGGCUUAGAUGGUGA